AUGAUCACAAAGAAAUAUGUCGAAGAGCUUGAGCGGCGCUUGGCAGCUUCAGAGAGUCUCAUCCGCUCCUUUGAGGAGGGUAAUGUCACCGCGGACCAGCUCAAGUCGUACGCGAGCCAGCCGAGACUGCAGGAGGUCGACAGCGAAAGCGAAAGCUCUGAUGAACAGGAUCUUUCGGGCUCAUUAUCCACGUCUGGCGCACCAAAGGAGCAGUCUACUACGACUCAAGUCGAUGAGCUGACAGACGACGUCGGAAAGCUGGCACUCGAGACCGGUCGA